AUUGAAAGUAUGUGUGACUAUUAUUAAAAGGUAUGUCACUGGAAAAUGAUUCAUUCAAAUGUUUCUGUUAAAUAUAAGCUACAAUUAAAAUCGUAAACGCUUAUAGACAUCACUGAAAUUACACUUAGCGUUGACAAACUCCCCUGAUGACGUCUGUUGAGAUGACAUACAACAAAGUGAUCGGAAAUUGCUUCUCAGUUGUGUGACCGAUAGAACCGCCGAUAUUUCAGGUAGACAACUACUUGCUGUCUUGAACGAUAUAUCAAAGGUGUAACGAGAACAAUGAACUGGCGGAACAGUAAAUAGUUAACUGGAUUGAACGAAAGAUCUUACAAAUAUGGACAUGUUUGAGAAAAUGGAUUUUUAAAGAAAAAAGUAUAUACGUUAUAUUUUCUACGAAGCAUUAAAGAACAAACUUUUGACUGUUUUUAAAUGUUGUUAAGGAAAUUCCGAGUGCAUAUACAGUGGUUAAUACAGGAGUGUUUUUCACAUUGAACUUGAUGAAUGAGUAGAAUAAAUGCAAGGGCUCUGCAUAGAUAUCGAAAUUUAGUUUUUGUUUACCUAUUAUAUAUAAAAGUCAAUUCAGCCAACAUGUUCUACACUUAACCCGACGCCGAUGUCAACAUGGUAUCACACUACACUAGUGAAUGGCUUUAUUUCACUCCUAUGACGCCAAAUAGACGCAAAAUAAUAACAAUGAAAACAUGCUAUACAUUUUAGUGUUACAAGUGUGAUGUAUGAAAUCGUGACUCAGUCAACAACUUCCUAACCGACUACGUAUAUAUAAGGGUAUGGAAUAAUUAAUGACAAGUAAGUGAUGUAAAAGAAGGCCGGAGCAGUUCAGAACUGACGUUGUUUAUACUUUUGAGUGAUGAGUAUUGUUUCUGUGUUGUUUUAUAGAUGAUAAUGGACAAUACCGCUAAUUUAAACAAUAGCGAUAAUCUAGUGAAUAUUUAUUUCGUGAUAAAUAGUAUUUAUGCAGUUACAAUGGCGCUUGGAAUUUUCGGAAACAUUUUAAUCGUUUCGACAAUUUUGAAAAAUAAAUAUUUGCGAACACCCAUGAAUUUAAGUCUUGUAAGUCUGGCACUGUGUGAUCUUAUAGUUUGUGCGUGUGUGUUACCAGUAAGACUUUAUUUGUACAAUGGCACCUGGGACGAGCCCUACUCGCAGGUUCUCUGUCGAGUUGACGUCUUCAUGAAAUCUGUUUGUGAUUACGUGCAACCAUCAAUGUUGGUGGCAACAAGUUAUGAGCGGUACAAAUCUAUUGCUAAACCGUUUCAAAGUAAGUCAAAAAUGAAACGAAUUGUUAUCGUAAUAACUGCCACUUGGAGUACGUGUUUAUGCUGUGGCGUAGCGAGUGCUUUUUUGUUCAAAGAUGGUGCCACCAUUUACCCGUGCAAUAAGAACAUCACAAGUGUUGAAAUGAGUACACGUGUACAAAAUUACAGAGAAGCCUAUGUUACAUUUCCGCUUGGAUUUUCUUGUAUAGUUCUUGUUAUUAUAUUUUAUUUCCUUAUGAUGAGGACCUUGCACGAGCACACAAAUAAAAUGAAGAAACAAUUCAAAGCAAAACCAUUUAAAAACAAAGUUCAUCCGGAGUCUAAAACAGAGCAGAGCGUCAAAAAAGUAACAAACUUAGAUACAUUGACAAUUGAGCCCUUGGUUAUUGAAAACAAUGACGCUAACUUAUCCGAUAAUUCUAGACAAACAUCUGGAACUAGCGUUAACACCCAGGACAGCAUUCAAAAUAGCAAUGAAGCUGUUAAUACGACUGCAAAUCAAAACGGUCAAUUAUUGCAAGAAGGCGAUGCAGUUCGAGAAGAUGUGCACGCAGAUACCACGGAGAGUAAUUCUGAAUGUCAAAAAGUUGAACAUAUUUCUCCAGGGGUUACACUAAGGUGUAUAUCGAUUAGAAAGACAAGAGAUAAUAUUCUGUUAUCUUCCAACGAAAGUAGACACAUGCGGAGAUUUUCUACUAUAGCCAAACACGUUGUGCUCAUUAAGUCACAUAAAAAGAGGUCACUUAACAAUAUGCAAGUUAGGUUAUCUAAAAAUAUCUCAGUGGACAAACUUAAUAAGACCUCUUCAGCUGGUCAGGAAAGUAAAUCUAAACAAGAGUUUGUAGACUAUUACCUAGAAAAUGAAACAGGUAUUGAAAACAGUGUAAAUAAAGAGGUGAAAAUAAUCGGUUCUGAAACUGUCAGGAUAUCUCAACCUAAUACGAAGAAAGAUAAUAUAAAACCCGAACCAUUAAAUAGUACAUCUGUUGCAUGUGCAAAUUACCAAGCUGAGGAGCAAAUGAUAGCAAAUAAUCUCGCUGGACAGACAGAAUGCUCAGAAUUAAAUGAAUCGAAAACAUUAAUUCAUAAUAAAAGUAUAUCAUACAAACCAGCUAACGUACAUGUUGAACCUUGUAACGAGAAUUCAAACAUAGAUAAAAGCAGCGAAAAAACUUCGGAAAAGCUUAAUUAUGCAUCAGACAGUAAGGAUGAAAAUUCUUCAGCAGGAAAUUCAAAAAUAUGUAUCACAAGAAAACCUGAUGACGACAACAACGAUAUAAAGCUUGGAAAUAUAAAUACACUUCCAGGGAAAUCAGAACGUGCACCUGAAGCCAGUGAAAAACAGAACAGUAAGAAUAAUUUGUUAGGGGAAAAGAAUAAAAUAAGUAGCAUAGAUGUCGUAGAUUUUUAUGGGACUGUACACAAAGACGUGGAAGUGGAAGGAGCAGUAGUAGGGGCCGUCUGUGUUAUGAACACUACCAAUAGACUAGAGGGUAGACGAAAAGUAGAAAUGAGGGCAGCGAAAAGAAUUGCGGUCAUGAUUGGAUCGUUUGUGUUACUUUGGUUACCACUCCCUCUAAUUGCUUUAUUUGUUUCAAGUAGAAGACAAAUAUCAAGAAGUGAUAUAGAAGCCAUAUUAACCUCAGCAUCAAUCAGCGCAACUACGAUUGCGUUCAAUCCGAUACUCAAUUUAUUGCUAAAUAAACAAUUAAGGUCGGCAGCCCUUGCGAUACUUCGAAGAUCUGUCAAUGCUUUAAAGAGAAUUAGGUUAUAUAGACGGUAAUAAACGUUUCUUUUGAAGAGAAUUAUAAAACAAUAAAUCAUAGUUUUUACAUGUAUUCAGUGGACAAGUAAUGAAAUACAGUGUGUAGCUCUCUUAGAUAAUUAAGAUCUUUUAUUCUAUUUUGUAUACGACAUAACAAUUUUAAGGAGUGACGUAGCUAAUUUAUGCAUUUUGUAGAAUCUUAGUAUAUAUAGUCAAGACAAUACACCGUAUGUAUACAAAAGAAAUGCAUUGUCUUAAAAAUGAUGUUAAAAUUCUUUUGCUCGUGCAUGUUUUAAUGUGGUAGUUGGCGCUUUCCGCUUUAAUCCAUCUUCUAAGGGGCGUGUUAGUAAAAAUGUGAUUUUUUAAAGUAAAAUAUUUUACUAAACAUUCUUACAACAUUUUAACACUUAAUAUGCAAAUAAAGUAAAAUGUUUUCAGGUUAUAUUUCUUAAUUGUAAUCAUUGUUUGAAAGAAUUACAUCACGAGUGCGCAAUAUUGAAUUAUAUCUGAACGAUAAACAAUGCUUUUAUUCAUGAAUAAUUCACUGUUUAUGAUAUAUUAUCUCUAUUUUAACAUGAUAGAAUUUUAUAUGCAGAUUAUACAGUUUGUCUGUAAAAUUAACACGAUUGAAGAUUCUUCAAAGUUCAAAAUGUUGUAACUACUUUAGAAAAGAUAAACAUUUCAAAUGUGUUUGAUCCUUUAAAAUCAAAGGGGAAAAAUGUUUCGGAAUUCCCAAAUUGCAGAAUUUAUAAAUGUAACAUUAAAUAAUAUUUCUAACAGAGAUUAAUGGUAAAUUAUUUUUG